AUGUUUUAUAAAGUUGCCGAAAUUCUUCCCAAUCCGAUCGAUUGCAUUCCCCUUGAUCCAUUGGAUCCUUCUACCCCUCCUUCUGAACCCUCUCCUUCCGAUCCCUCUCCCUCGGAUCCUUCUCCUUCCGAUCCCUCUCCUUCUGAUCCCUCUCCUUCUGAUCUCUCUCCUUCUGAUCCAUCUCCCUCCGAUCUUUCUCCUUCCGAUCUUUCUACUUCCGAUCCCUCUCUUUCUGAUAUCUCUCCUUCCGAUCCCUCUUCUUCUGAUCCCUCUCCUACCGAUCCCUCUUCUUCCGAUCCCUCUCCUUCCGAUCCCUCUCCUUCCGAUCCCUCUCCUUCUGAUCCAUCUCCCUCCGAUCUUUCUCCUUCCGAUCUUUCUACUUCCGAUCUUUCUACUUCCGAUCCUUCUCCCUCUGAUCCCUCUUCUUCUGAUCCUUCUUCUUCCGAUCCCUCUCUUUCCGAUAUCUCUCCUUCCGAUCUCUCUUCUUCUGAUCCCUCUCCUACCGAUCCCUCUCCCUCGGAUCCGUCUCCUUCCGAUCUUUCUCCUUCUGAUAUCUAUCCUUCCGAUCUCUCUCCUUCCAAUCCCUCUCCUUCCGAUCUUUCUCCUUCCGAUCUUUCUCCUUCCGAUCUUUCUUCAUCCGAUCUUUCUUCUUCCGAUUCCUCUCUUUCCGAUCUCUUUCCUUUUAAUCCCUCUCUUUCUGAUCCCUAUCCUUCCGAUCACUUUAAAUCUGAUCCGUAG